AUGGUUUGGUCAAAUCGCCGCCUUCUUUUGACAGAGACCCCCCUGAUCAGUGGAGAUGAUACAGAUGAUUCUUCCCACUCAGAGGAAACAAAUUUCGAUUCAGACAUGGUGGUAAUGCUGGUCGCCUUGUUAUGUGCACUAGUAGCUGCACUCCUAUUAAAUUCAGUAGUACAUCUAUAUUUACGACGUAGACGUGAGUCCAUAGAGGCGGCAACAAGUUUACAAGCUUCUGGGCUCGCAAAACGAGCAAUAAAGAAAAUUCCGGUGGCAAGGUUCAGUAUGCGAAGAGGUGGUUCAGCCACUGAAUGCUCAAUUUGUCUUGGAGAUUUUGUAAAUGGAGAGAAGGUGAGAGUGUUGCCGGAAUGUAACCAUGAGUUUCAUGUCAAGUGUGUAGAUAAGUGGCUAAACGAACAUGCAUCAUGCCCAAACUGUAGACGGUCUCUGGUUCCACCUAAGGUUGUUGAUGGCGGAGACCAGGCAUCUGUUAGGGCUGAGCAAGGGGGCAUGUAG